UUUGGAAGCAAAGCAAACGAUAAAGUUGUCAUCACUCAUCAGCAUUCAGAUCUUCUUCAUCUUCUUUCUUCGUUUCUUCCUUGCAAAUGUAAGACAUAUUCAAUAUUUCACACAAAACCAGGAAAAAAAAAAAUUCCAAAAUGAAAAUCUCAAAACCUUCAUUCUACUCUCAUACUCUGACUUUGUUCUUCUUCAUCAUCAUGAUUAUGAUGAGUCAUGUUGCAAACUCUCAGUCUCAUCAGCUCUAUGAUGAAGAACAUGCAGUUCUUAUGAAGAUAAAACAGUACCUUCAAAACCCACCAUUUUUAAGCCACUGGACACAGCAAUCAUCAACUUCCAAUAACAACCACUGUUCUUGGCCUGAAAUAAACUGCACCACCAAUGGCAAUUCUGUCAUUUCACUCACUCUCUCCAACUCCAACAUCACAAAAGCCAUACCAACCUUCAUUUGUGAACUCAAGAACCUCACUUUUCUUGACUUCAGCUUCAACUUCAUCCCUGGUGAGUUCCCAACAUCACUAUACAAUUGUUCAAAGCUUCAGUACCUUGAUCUUUCAAUGAACAAUUUUGUUGGCAACAUUCCUGAUGAUAUGCACAGUUAUUUAUCUGAAUUGAGGUACCUUAAUCUUGGUUCUACCAAUUUCACUGGUGAUAUUCCUUCUAGUAUUGGAAGGUUAAAGGAACUGAGAGAGCUUAAGCUUCAUUAUUGUUAUAUAUUGUACCUUUUCCAGAACAAUCUCUCCGGAGAGAUACCUAAAGUUGUUGAAGCAUUGAAUUUGGUUGAUCUUGAUCUUGCACAGAAUAACCUCACAGGGAAAAUUCCAGAAGUUCUUGGAAAGCUUAUGAACAUUACUUGGUUGAACUUGUCACUUAAUAAGUUGUCAGGGGAGAUUCCAGAAGCCUUCGGUAGUCUUCCAGCUAUGGUGGAUUUUCGCAUGUUCUCCAACAAUUUGUCAGGUACUCUUCCAUCCGAAUUCGGCCGCUACUCGAGGCUUGAAACCUUUCUGGUUUCAUCUAAUAGUCUUAGUGGAAAUUUACCAGAGAAUUUAUGUUACAAUGGCAGGUUACUUAAUUUAACUGUUUAUGACAAUAAUCUUAGUGGUGAGUUGCCAAAAUCACUAGGAAAUUGUAAUAGCCUACUUGAUCUGAAAAUUUACAACAAUAAGUUUUCUGGUAACAUUCCUAGUGGUCUUUGGACAUCUUUGAAUUUGUCAAAUUUCAUGGUGAGCCAUAACAAUUUCACUGGUGAGCUUCCUGAGAUGCUGUCCUCUAGCAUUUCGCGGCUCGAGAUAAGUUACAAUCAACUUUCUGGUAGAAUUCCAGCUACUGUGUCUUCUUGGACUAAUGUGGUAGUGUUUGAUGCAAGUAAGAACAACUUGAAUGGAAGCAUUCCACAAGAGCUAACUUCUCUUCCAAAGUUAACUACCCUAUUGCUUGAUCAGAACCAGCUCACUGGGCCGCUUCCUUCGGACAUAAUCCAUUGGGAGAAUCUAGUGACUCUGAAUUUGAGACAGAACAAGCUCUCUGGACAAAUACCAGAUGCACUCGGCCGGUUGCCGGUGCUUAGCCAGCUUGACCUUUCAGAAAAUCAAUUCACUGGCCAAGUUCCUUCUCAGCUUCCAAGACUCACCAAUCUCAAUCUUUCUUCCAAUCAUUUGACAGGAAGAGUUCCGAAUGAAUUCGAAAAUUCUGCCUUUGACACCAGCUUUUUGGACAAUCCUGGCCUUUGUUCUGAUACUCCGGAACUGAACCUUGCAUUGUGUAAUUCUACUCCACAAAGAUCAGGCAAGGGUUCAUCUUGGUCUGUUUCUUUGAUUACAAGUCUUGUUGUAGCAGCCUUCUUAAUGGCUUUGUUGGCAACUCUCUUGAUUAUGAGGCUUUACAGAAAAAGAAAGCAAGAAUUUGAUAACUCAUGGAAGCUAAUUUCAUUUCAAAGGCUGAAUUUCACAGAAUCAGACAUUCUCUCCUCAUUAACUGAGCAGAAUAUUAUUGGCAGUGGUGGAUAUGGUGCAAUUUAUCGUUGCCCUGUCGAUGAUUUCGGCUAUGUUGCUGUGAAAAAGAUUUGGAAUGACAGAAAGUUAGAUCAGAAGCUCAAGAGCUCGUUUCGCGCUGAAGUUAAUGCGCUGAGCAAUAUUCGCCAUACCAACAUUGUGAGGUUGUUGUGCUGCAUUUCAAAUGAGGAAUCUAUGCUCCUUGUUUACGAGUAUAUGGAAAAUAGUAGCCUAGAUAAGUGGCUGCACAAGAAGUAUAAUAAGGCCUCCAAUUUCUCAAGUUCAGCAGUGCAUCAUGUUUUUCUUGAUUGGCCAAAGAGGUUGCAAAUAGCAAUAGGAGUUGCACAAGGUUUGAGCUACAUGCACCAUGAUUGCUCACAACCUAUUGUUCAUAGAGAUGUGAAAACAAGCAACAUUCUCUUGGAUGCUCAAUUCAAUGCAAAAGUUGCAGAUUUUGGUCUGGCUAGGAUGUUGCUCAAGCCUGGUCAAUUGAACACCAUGUCAACUGUGAUUGGAUCAUUUGGCUACAUUGCUCCUGAAUAUACUCAAACAAGAAGGAUCACUGAAAAGAUUGAUGUGUUUAGCUUUGGUGUUGUUCUGUUGGAGCUAACAACUGGCAAAGAGGCGAAUGAUGGAGACCAACACUUGUCUCUGGCCGAGUGGGCGUGGCGCCACAUUCAGAUAGGAAGCAACAUAGAAGAGCUUCUAGACAAAGAUGUCAUGGAACCAAGCUACUUGGAUGAAAUGUGCACAGUUUUCAAACUUGGGGUGAUGUGUACUUCAACAUUGGCUUCUACUAGGCCUUCCAUGAAGGAGGUGCUGCAAAUGUUGCAACUCUGCAGAGAUCAAUUUGAUUAUGGAGGAGACAGUAAGUUAGGCCAUUAUGAUGUUGUUCCUCUUCUUAAGGAUUCAAAAAGUGAAACAAGGUUGGAUGUUGUUGAUACUUUAUAAAUAGAAUUUUGAUGAUAUACCUAUACACACGAUUGGAUGUUUAUGUAAAAAUAUAAUUUAAUUUGUUAUAAGUACAAUUAUAGAAGUGGACUUAUAAG